AUGGCAUCAGCAUCAUCCGGUGAUAAUGAUGAUAAAAAGAAAUCGACUGGCGGUGUACGCUCCGGCUUUCUCGGCAAAACUGGUACAGACGAGGCACCACUAGAUAAAACUUAUUACAAUAUUCUCAACGUGUCGCCAACAGCUACCGCAUCAGAAAUUAAAAAAGCUUAUUACUCACUUUCAUUACAGUAUCAUCCCGAUCGAACACAAAAUCUCAAUGAUCUCACGCGCCGAGAAUAUGCAGAAAGAUUCAAACUGAUUUCUCAGGCUUACAGUAUUCUCAGUGAUCCUGAAAAGCGAAAACUUUACAACAGGUACGGUAAAGAUGAACGUCUAGUUAACAAUGGUUCGGCAGGAUUCAAUCUGGAAGAUUUCGACGCUGAAGAAUUCUUUCGACUGAUGUUCGGUGGUGAACAGUUCACGAAAAUAAUCGGUGACUUCGAAUUAGCUAAAUCAUUUAAACAUGCGAUCGGCGAAGUGAUCAAAGAUGCUGAGAACAAAGGUACCGAAGAGACCCGCGAGCAAAAAGAAGAAAAAAUGCGCAAACGUCUGGCUUAUGCUGAAGAACGCUCUCAAGCGCGUGAAGAACGAAUCAAACAAUUAGCACAAAAUUUGACGUAUAAACUGUCCGUUUUUACGGAAUCGAUCCCGCCGAACGCUAGCGAACAACAACAGAAGGAAGCAAUGCAUAAUUUCACUGAAGUAACUCGCAUGGACAUUCCAAAUUUAUUGAGUGCACCUUAUGGUGAACACUUACUACAUGCCAUCGGAUAUAUCUAUGCUUCGAAAGCAAAAUUAUGGUUGAAUAAGCUCGAUUCUCAAGAAGGUCACAUUGGUAAACGUGUUUUGGGUUUUGGUAAACAUUUUCAAUCGUCAUGGAAAGAACGUGUACAUGUAGUUAAGGAAACAGUUAAGACAGUGAAGUGUGCCGUCGAAUGGGGACAGUCGAUGUCAAAAUUAGCACAAAUUGCCGAUGAAGAAGCAGCAGCGAAAUAUGAAGGUUUUGUUCCUUCAACAUCGACUGCGUCAACUUCGGCGUCAGCAUCAUCGCAACAAGCAAAUGCAAGUCCAACAGCAUCGGCAUCAGCGUCGACUACAUCUGCAUCAGUGAAACAACACCGCCAAGGUAAAUCUGCAUCAGCACAACCACCUGUCCCAUUAACUGAAGAAGAAAAACGUAAACUCGAAGCAGACACGGCUGCCAAAUCAAUGGAAGCACUCUGGCGUGCCACGAAACUUGAGAUCGAAAGUAUCGAACGCGAUGUUUGCGACCGAGUACUCAAUGACUCGACAUGCCAUCGCGAUACACGACGACGCCGAUGUAUCGCUCUACUGAAAAUGGGCGAACUAUGGCAAGAAGCACGCGACACACGAGCAACAGCAGCAUCCUCGGAUUCACCAUAA